AUCAAUUAAAAUAAUUCUUUUCUUCCACAAUCAUGCAGAAAAAGAUACAUCAUCCGGAAAUGCAAUAUCUCUUGAAACGCGGGCAGACAAUCGAAAAAAUGAGAGCAUCUAAAAGACCUCGGGAAUUAAUAAUGACAAAGAGCGCUUUUCAACGUUUCGUGGAUUAUAUUACAGAAGAGGACAGAAUAAUGGCACAACAAGAAAAAGAAGCCGCAAAACUAGCAGCUCUGAAAAAAGCGACUUAUGAAAAAAGCAAAACGUGGGACAGUAAAAUAGAAAAUAUUAAGGCAAGACAAAGAGAGGAGUUAUUGUCAAAAAGACAAAAGGCUGAGGAAGAAAGGAAGAUGUUCGUAAAGGAAAUGGCGGAAAAGAAAGCGAUAGAGCGUGCAGAAGUGGUAAAGCAAGCAAGGAAAAUGCUUCUGCAAAAAAGGCCUCAUUGCCGGCGGAUUAAUCGCGGUCUCUUUGCCUCCGAGUGUUUCAGAGAACUGGAGGCCCAAGUGGCGUUCCAGAAUACUAUUAAGAUGAUGGACAAGGAACAAGAUAUAGAAUAUAUUAAUUCGUUUAAAACGAAUAUCGCGAAACAAGAGAAGCAGAAGAGGGAAGAAGAAGAGGAACGAGCGAGAAAGAUGGAGGAUUAUAACAUGGAAUUGAAGAAACAGAUUGAAGAGAACGAGCGAGAGAAUAAAUUAAGAGCAAUGGAAGAACUGGAAGCUGAAAAACAGGCUCAAAAAGACAUAAUCGAAAAUAUACGACUCAUAAAAGAGAAAGAAAUGCAAGACAUAUUAAAUAAAAAGAAGAAACUCCAGCAAUUUUUCAAUGAAGCGAUAGAAGAAAAGAAACGAUUAGAACUGGAAUUAAAGCGCAACGAAGAAUUUGAGGAUCGAGCAUUGGAAGUCUACCAAAAGGCUAAAAAUCAAAUACAGAAAAUCCAUAAAUCGGUAAUUCUGACAGAGAAAAAAGAGAGAGCGAGUAAACUACAAAUUAUAGCGGAAAAACAUCAGCCAAUCGGACAAUUUUGUGAAAUCAGGGAACAAAAAAUCUCGAAUAAAGCUAUUAAAGAGAUAAAGGCGGCCGAAGAAGAAAAGCAGAAAGCACACAAGGAACGAGAGGAAACAAUGCGUGCUCUUAUAGAAGAAUAUAAGCUUCGUGAUGCGGCUGUAAAAGCAAAACAAAAGCAAGAGGAAAAAGAUUUAAAAAUUUGGGAGAUGAUGCAAAGAUUUAAGAAAAACGAAUAUGACGAGCAAAUGAAUUUGGAAGAACGAAGGCGACAACGGCAACAGAAAUUAGAUUACGGAAUUGAAUUGCAGAAAAUUGCUGAGGAGAAACAAAUUGAAAAGAAGCGCGAGGAAAUCCUUGAAGUUGCAGCAACGGACACGACACUUGUGAUCGAGAAGGCUAAUCGAAAAAUUUUAGCUUAUGGAAAUGAAGUUUUGAAUGAAUCGAAGGGUGUGAGACCACUUUAUCCAAUCAUCAAAGCUAUCGAAGAAUGUAAGAAGGAAAUGGGAUUAAAUGACCAAAAAAUCGGAGAAACUAUCAGAGCGGAUCGGUCGAAAAGAAAACAUGGAAUCCUUCACUGUACUUGCAUGAAAUCUAUACCAGCUAAUCAACUAUAUUGUUGCAGCAAUCACUGUUCACAAUAAACAGCGAUAAUUUGUAUCUUAUGUUUUGGUCGUUAUCACGUGAUUCAUAUGCAGCAUU